AUGAAAGGAGAAGAAUGUCUUGUUUGUAAAUCCCGAAAGUGGUUUCCUGAUGGGUUGGGAGGUUUGGUGUGUCAAUUUGGACACCAACGUGAGAGCUACACAGUACAAGAAAGUGAAUUUCACGGUCAAGGAGGAGUAAAUAGGCGUAAAAAAGGAAAUAAGGAAAAGGCGGCUAUUAAGGAGGAAAGAUACGCGUAUCAUAAUCAAAAAGAUUUGCUUUGGAUCGAAUUUGUUGCAAUGCAAUUUAUACUUAGGCAUCAUAUACAAAUAAUGAUUAAAGACAUGGGAGUUACUCCACAACUCGAAAACGUUUGCAAACAUUUCUGGAUAAUGUAUGUUAAUAAAUUCAAUGGUAUCGAUGAAAUCAGAAAAAAUCGUGAAUCUAUGGACAUUGAUGAAGGUGAAGGUGGUGGCCCUUCAAACAUACAAGGAGAGGAGAGAAGAGAUCAAUAUGAAGAAGAUAAUAUUGAAUUAUUGUUUGAACUCCCGCAAAAUAUAAAAUGUUUGUUAAAAUUACAAUACCUUUUGGUUAUUUUACAUAUUGGAUGUUUAUGGUUGAGAUUACCUAUAUUAAUUGGUGAUAUUCAUAGGUGGAUAUAUGAUGGCACUUUACCAUUUCUUUCAGCACGUCAAUAUUUGCCUGAUAAUAUAAAAUUACAUCUUGGAAGACGGAUCAAUAAAUUUGAACCCAAGGUUUUGGUUAAGUGCGAGGUGCUAUUUGACUUGGAAACGAGAUUUCAUUUAUUUUAUAAAGUUGAAUAUGGAAUACGUUUGCCGGAGAUUAACGCCCCACCCAUAAUUUAUCGAUACGUUAGAGAUUUAAUGUUACCAGUGGAACUUUAUGUUAUGUCUAAGGACAUUGCACAAAUAAUUAAUUUAAACCUUUUUCAUGAUUUUAAUCAUAAUAAAUAUAAUAAUUAUCGACCCCCUACGUUAUUAAUGGCAAUUGUUAUCAUUACUGCUAAAAUGAUUUAUGGUUUGGAUGAACGUAGAAGAUUUCCAGGGGAGAACGAUCAAUUUACUAAACAUUUCCCUUCAUUUGAAGAUUGGAUAAAAGCUUUAAGUGACAUGAGAGAAGCAUUAUUUAAAAAAGAAAUUCCUGCUGAUGCAUCUGAUAUAAAAGAAUGGAUGAACAUCAAUCCAGAUCAGUACAUUAAACAUUGUGCCAAGUUAUUAGGUAAUAGGAAUCGAUCGUCUAAAGGAUCAUUACGUAUCGAUCAAAUAUAUACAGAAAUCAAAUUAAAGGAAGUCGAAUUAGGUUUAGAUUCACGUUUUCAAGAGAAAAAGAGAUCAACUCCUUCAGGAAAGCUUAAAGUAAUUGAAAGGUUAGAAGAUAAAGAAAUAUCAAAAUUGUUACGAUUGAAAAUUAUAAAUGAAUCAAAUAAAGUAUCGGAAACGAUUACUUCAUUUAAACCUAUCGAGGAUGAAUUAAAAUUAUUAUAUGAAACGGCGGAUUUUAAUCAUAAUGAAUAUAAUCAAUCAAUAUUAUCAGAUCAGAAUAAUAAUCAUCCUUCUACGCAUGGGGGAGAAAAUUACGGUAAAUUCCCGGAUCCUUUGGAUAUUUUGCGUCGUAGGUAUUCAACUUUUUUAUUUAAAAAACCCGAAAGUCCUGAUCAAAAAUUAUUAUUUGGAGAGAAGUAUACUGCUUAUCAAAUUCCUACUAUUUCACAAAGAUACAAGUAUGAUAGGAAUGUUGAAUUAAUCGGGGAUUAUCACGAAGAUUAUGAAAGAGUUUUGAUUUUUGCUUCUAAUAUGAUUGGUGAAACUAUUGACGAAUUACAAAAACAUAUUAUGAAAGUUGAAGUUGAUUUAUUACAAGCCAUUGAAAAAAAAUUUUGUAACAUUUAA